UCCGCGCGCCCAGCAAAGCGGGGACAGGGCGAAAAAUCCAGCGAAAGCCAGACUGAGCUUCCUGACCCCAAAGAGCUUCGUAGGGGGAAGUUAUCUUCAGGCGGCCCUCCCGGCGUGCACGGAGAAGUGGGAUUUUACCUGCGCAACUGCACCGAAAUUUGCACGACAAGGCGGCUGGAGUUUUUUGUUUUGUUUUGGUUAUUUUUUUGCUUUGUUCGGGGUCGGCUCCGUGUAGAGUUUUAUUGCAGAGCAGCAUCACUACCGCACGUCGUGCCGCACAGGGAGGAGAGGAGAGGGCAGAAGUUUCCGCUGGCUUGUUUUGUCACUGCGGGGCUGGUGAAUCCGCAGGAAUGUCGCAGAAGGAGAGACCCACGUUUUACCGACAGGAGCUCAACAAAACCGUGUGGGAAGUCCCGGAGCGCUACCAGAACUUAUCUCCUGUCGGUUCCGGUGCUUACGGAUCCGUGUGCUCGGCGUUUGAUGUGAAGACGAACCUGAAGGUAGCAGUGAAGAAGUUGUCCAGACCUUUCCAGUCCAUCAUCCAUGCAAAGAGAACCUACAGAGAGCUGCGGCUGCUCAAACACAUGAAGCAUGAAAAUGUGAUCGGCCUUUUAGAUGUUUUCACACCAGCGACAAGCUUAGAGGAAUUUAACGAUGUGUACUUGGUGACACACCUAAUGGGGGCAGACCUCAACAACAUCGUGAAGUGUCAGAAGCUCACGGAUGACCACGUCCAGUUCCUCAUAUACCAGAUCCUCAGAGGCUUAAAGUACAUCCACUCUGCAGAUAUCAUCCACAGAGAUUUGAAGCCCAGUAAUCUGGCUGUGAAUGAAGACUGUGAGCUUAAGAUCCUGGACUUUGGUUUGGCACGGCACACGGAUGAUGAAAUGACAGGAUACGUAGCCACACGGUGGUACCGCGCCCCGGAGAUCAUGCUCAACUGGAUGCACUACAACAUGACCGUGGAUAUCUGGUCGGUGGGCUGCAUCAUGGCUGAACUACUUACAGGACGGACGCUCUUCCCUGGCACAGACCAUAUAAACCAGCUGCAGCAGAUAAUGCGCCUGACAGGGACGCCCCCAGCCUCCCUAAUAAGCAGGAUGCCCAGCCACGAGGCGAGGAACUAUAUCAACUCACUUCCCCAGAUGCCAAAGAGAAACUUUGCUGACGUGUUUAUUGGUGCCAACCCUCUUGCGGUGGAUUUGCUGGAGAAAAUGUUGGUGCUGGAUACAGACAAGCGGAUCACAGCAUCUGAGGCUCUGGCCCACCCUUACUUUGCCCAGUAUCACGAUCCAGAUGACGAGCCUGAAGCAGAGCCUUACGACCAGAGCUUUGAAAGCCGUGAGCUGGAAAUUGAGGAAUGGAAAACCUUAACCUACGAAGAGGUCAUCAGCUUCGUGCCACCAUCUUUCGACGAAGACGACAUGGAAUCUUGAGGAGGAAGCGGCUCUCUUCCACGAUUUGUUUUCCAAGAAACACUUUCUAAGGACUAUCGGUCUCAUGUGACUAUCCGCCACUUUCCUCAUACACGCGCACAGCGAUGACAUUCAAGUGCCUGCCGUCAUUCAUAUGUGGGGGGGACGUUGCGCUAUCAGGGAAACGAAAACAAAAAACUUGACAUCGUGUUCAUACCGUCCCCUGCUCUGCUGUUUUGUUUUUCUUAACAUGCAUCCCACCGUGCUGAGGUAGACUUUAACUCUCCUUUUGCAUUAGUAAUUUUUUAUCUCAGACAUAUAUUCUUUAUAUUCUGUCCCUUAUUCUACAUACACAGCAAAAAAAAUAAAUAAAAAAAGAAAACAUUACAUGUCAGUAUCUCCAGGCAAAUUGUAAUAACUAAACAUCUAUUAUGUGUUUUAUAAAAAAAAUAAAAUAGCUGAAAAUAAUGCUGUAGGACAAAAAUUCUGGAAAGUUUUAAACAAUGCUGAGUGUGAAGUGUAUCUUUUGGCACAUUUUAAAUUCUUGUUAUUUCUACGAGUACAUAGAACUAUGUAGAUACUACAGAAACAGUAUUUGUACAUAAAUCUUUCUGGAAAAACAGCUACCACACGUGUAGUAGUCUGAAUUAACCGAGACGCUCGUCAGCCGCCCAAAAUGACAGUUUGUUCUAGAAUGGCAUAUAAACCGAUACUGUGUGUAAUUUAUUUAGAAUAUGUAUAGGAUACAUCAAAAUAUGUAAAAUAUUCAGCCCAGUAUGGAAAAUUCAAGGCUUCAUAUUUCUUAAUGAUUGAGUUUUACACAUGGCACCCCCCCCCCAGUAACCUUCUUCCGUCUUCUUGCACUUCUGUUUUCUGUUGUCUCACAUGAAUGUUUCAGCGAACGGCCACCAACCUCUCCAGUUUCACCACAGCAUGUUAAAGCCAGAGUUUUUGGCUUACUAGUUUAUUCAAAUUUUAAUGUUUUUCCAUUACAACGUCAGCCGACAAUGUAAUUUAAUCAUAUUGCAUUUAUGAAACAGUACUAUUAAUGUUUAUGGAAUGUUUGGGGCGCCAGUUUGCGCCGUAUAUUUAUGAUCUUUUCUUAUAUUGUUUGUAUAUUGAUGUAAAAGAGAAUAUUAUUUGUCAGAAUUUAAGGUUGUUUGUAUUAUUUAUGGAGAGCUUAUUGUAUUAGUAUCCAAAUGUGUCAUCGAUAAUUUCAUAGAUCACUUGAGCCACAGUGACUACAGCUUUCAUAUCAAGAGCCGACAAUGUUAUCAAGAGAUCGUUUGGAAUCAGUUUGAUACAUUCUGCUCAGUUUGCUAAAUUACCGUUGCUGAGGUUGUUUACAGCGCUCCUUCAUUCACGGAUCAACAAAUUAUCACAAUUUUUUUUUAAAAGAAACCCAAAACAUAUCCUGAAACGGUGGCAUAUAAGUCACCAUUUAUUGACUAACAAACCACUAAACUGUUUUUUUAGUGUGAAGACUUUUAUGACAAACUGCUUCCAAUGUGAACCAUUUGAAAAGUCAGACUCGUAAGCUGUAUCCACAGUUGCUCUGCCUUUGGCACCCAAACAAUAUCAGACAUCAGUCACGUUUGAUUUCAGCCGCUUGUUUUAAAUGUAGUGAUUUUUUCUAAUGUGUUAUUUUACUCUUUGUGUGCUAAAUCAAGAUUUCAUGUUAUUCUGUGAUUCUGUAAUGAUUGUUUUCUAAGCAGCACCAGAAGCCUGUUAGAGUAAUUUAGAGGAGGGGGGGGGGGCACAUGUAUGCAGGAAAGUGCAUAUGUUUACUCACUGGAUGCUGAAGGGCAAUGCCGAAGCCUCAUAUUUUAUCAUUUUUAAACAACUGCAUUGAUUUAGAUAGGAUAUUUAUUUUGUCCAUAUCCCGAUGUCAGUAGUAAAUUUGGUUACACUUCGUCUGCCUGAAAUAUGUUUUUUGGGUUUUUUUUUUUUGUUUGUUUGUUUUUUUUGACCACAUGUAUCAAGCUAGCAGGCCACGCCACCUGUAAAUACCACCAUUAGAAAAUAAAGCCUACUAUUUUUCAAA